AAGGUGGAUGCAAAAACAGAAGAUUCCACUGGAUGCAUCUGUGCUUGAUAUUGGAACUGGAAACGGUGUUUUCCUGGUUGAACUUGUUGGCAAAAUUUGGUUUUUCUAAUAUUACUGGAAUCGAUUACUCUCCUUCUGCAAUACAGCUUUCUGGAAAUAUUAUAGAGAAAGAAGGUUUCUCUAACAUUAAGUUGAAGGUAGAAGACUUUUUGAAUCUUUCUGCCAACCUGUCUGGAUUUCAUAUUUGUAUUGACAAAGGGACUUUUGAUGCCAUAAGCCUUAAUCCUGACAAUGCAAUCGAGAAGAGGAAGCAAUAUGUGAAAUCUCUCUCCAGGGUGUUGAAAGUGAAAGGCUUUUUUCUAAUAACGUCAUGUAAUUGGACCAAGGAAGAGUUGCUAAAUGAAUUCAGUGAAGGCUUUGAACUUUUCGAAGAACUGCCAACACCUACUUUCAGCUUUGGAGGCCGAUCUGGAAACAGUGUAGCCGCAUUGGUUUUCCAAAAAAUGUGAGACUUCACUGGGCAAAUUCAGUUAGCUUUUUUAAGAAAGUCUACAUCAAAGUCGACGUGUUACAGAAAAUGCCAGUGCAAAUAAAUGCUUAGUAAGUACACAGGAUGUACACGGUGAACAGAUAGAAUGGGCCGGUUAAAAAUUGUGGACUUGUGAGUGGUUGGGUUUUAGAGCUCAACCAAGAAGAAUUAAACAUUUUCUUUUGUUUUUGAAAUGUAAAUAUUUUUCUUUUUGUUUAAAAAAAUUUCCU